CUGCAAAGACUCCUAUGUCCUCAGUCCCCUGCCUCCAACAUUUUUGAGAAUAGCGAAAGGAGAAGAGGAGGAAGGAAAAAGAGAGUUGGUCCUCGCGCGUCCAUUUUCUAGGGUUUUUUGGCUUAUCUUCUGCAGGGCAUCUCGUCCCCGGAUAUGAGCCGCCAUCCUGAGGUGAAGUGGGCACAGAGGGCAGACAAUGUUUAUGUCACAAUACUUUUGCCUGAUGCCAAAAAUGCGAAGGUCAAUCUUGAGCCUGAUGGUGUUUUAAACUUUUCUGCAACUGCGGGAGCAAGCGACAAUCAAUACGAAUUGAAGUUGGAUCUUCAUGAUAAAGUGAAUGUGGAGGAGAGCAAGAUAAACAUUGGUGUUCGCAGCAUCUUUUGUGUGAUAAAGAAAGCAGCAAAUGGAUGGUGGAAGAAGUUGUUGCGAGGUGAUGGUAAGGCGCCCCACUUCCUAAAGGUGGAUUGGGACAAGUGGGUUGAUGAAGAUGAUGAUGAAAUUGGAAAUGACAUGGACUUGGGAGGAAUGGAUUUCUCGAAAUUUGGUGGGGGCAUGGAGGGCAUGGGGGGCAUGGGGGCCAUGGGGGGCUUGGGGGCCAUGGGGGGCAUGGGGGCCAUGGGGGGCUUGGGGGCCAUGGGGGCUGGGGCCAUGGGGGGCAUGGGCGAUGAUAUUGAAGACAGUGAGGAUGAAGGGCUAAUGUUUCUGUUAUGCAAGGCUGCAUUCCGACUGGUACUGAAAGUUCGGGUUAUAGGAAUUCUGCUUGGGAAAUUGCUUACAUUGUUCUAUCUCUUUCCUUGUUCGGUAGAUGAAGUGGUUGACAGUCCGGCUAACGAAGGAGUUGGAACAGCAGAACCGGAUGCAAACAAGGAAGCUGAUAAAACAGAACCAACUCCUGUCAAAGAGGAAGCUGCAAGUUCAGAAAAGUGA